GGUGGGUAAAAUUUUGAGGACGACGACGAAAGAGUGUUUCAGUCACUACAGAAGCUGCGAAAAUUCCUCCCUUGUCGUCUCUCUAUCUAUUUUUCCUCUUCCUGCUUCUUCUUCUCUUCUGAGUAUAGGAAUGCUGUGGAGAUGGAAUCAACUAUGGAGAAUAUAACAGAAAUGGAGAGUGAGAGAGUUGAGCAGAGCACCAAUAAGGAAGUUGAGACUGAAGAGCAAAAUCAAGAUAGUGUUUUGGAAACUAAUAAGGAAAUUGAGACUGAAGAGCAAAGUCAAGAUAAUGUUUUGGAAACUAAUAAGGAAAUUGAGACUGAAGAGCGAAGUCAGGAUAAUGUUUUGGAAACUAAUAAGGAAAUUGAGGCUGAAGAGCAAAGUCAGGACAAUGUUAUGGAAACCGAGAAUAAGAAUCCAGGAGAGACAGUAGGAGAGGAAGAUCCCGUCAGGGAACAUAAAGAUUCUCCUUCUCCCAUGGUCAUUGAAGAAGGUACUACUCAUGCGUCUACCCUUGAGAAGGGGAACGAUGAUGAUUUACCAAAGAUUGAUGAUGAGAAGAAUUCCCAAUUAGGAACAAGCCCUCAUCGAAGUUGUUCUCCUUCAGCGGCUAUAGAUCCUGAAGAAGAUUUUAUCAAGCCUACUUUAGAAGACACUGUAGAACAUAACAUUGGGUCCAGCGAAGUAAGUUCAGAUAUCUUGAAAAAUGACAGAGAUUCUGUCAUGGUUGACAAAGAUACUGCAGUAGUCCAUGAAGAAACGACCACAACACCUAAUAGCAAACUCUCAGAGGACAAAGGAUCACCACAUCAUCAUGCUAAUACCGUGAUGGAGCAGGACAAAGGUGAAGAAGAACAUGACAUGACAUCCUCAGGAGACAACAACGAGAUUACUGUCAAUCCUGAUACCAAACUCUCGGAGGACAAAGGAUCACCGCCUCACCAUGCUAAUACUGUGAUGGAGCAGGAGAAAGUUGCAGAAGAACAUGACGUGAUAUCCUCAGGAGACCAUAACGAUUUUCCAGUCAGUACUGAAGCCAAAGUUGUUGAGGAGAACAAUGACAGGAUAGAAGUGAGCGAGGUUAACAAUAUGAUUUUGACUAACCAUGGAAGUGGACAGGCGGUUGAUCAUGAUAUAGAAACCACAACGGAGGCUGAAAAAGGGCCAGAGGUGGCAGGUUCUGAGGCCGUAUCAGAACCGGAGAAUAAGCCAUCCGAGCCUCUCAAAGAAACCUCAAUGAACGUGGACAAAGAGCCAGAGAUUCCUGCCACUGAAAAUUUGACAGACAAAAACUCUGAUGUCUUGACCGCUGGAGAUUCAGGAGACAAUGACAAAGGGUUAUCUCUCUUGCCCGCUACCCAAACUUCUUUGGAUCAUAAUGAAGGACUGGGUACACUUGAGGCUGAAGCCACGGAAGAUAUGAAAGUUGAUGGCCCUGAUUCUAAAUUGGUCACUGAUGCUAGUUUUGACUCUACUAAUAACAAGGAUGUGAAUGUCGAGGCUCCUACUAAUACUGAAAAGAAAGAUGAUUAUAUCGUACCUGAGAGAAAUAAUGCUGAUAAUGAGAAUGCAUUAGUGAGAAGCGAAUCUGCUCCUCCUUGUGUUGCAUCUUCCAAUUUAAAGUCUGAAGUGGAGGGAAGUGCAGAUUUGAAUAAUGGGGUCCAUAAAAUAGGUGAGGCACCACCCGGUUUUGAUGGGAGGGUAAUGAAGCGCUCUUUCCUCUUGGAUGAUAUGUCUGAUGGUAAUGAAUCUGGAACGGAGGAGGAUCAAUCUGCUUUUAUGAAAGAGUUGAGUAACUUUUUUAAAGAGAGAGAGAUGGAAUUCAAACCUCCAAAAUUUUAUGGGGAGGGACUAAACUGCCUUAAGUUGUGGAGAGCUGUAACUAGAUUGGGCGGUUAUGACAAGGUUACUGGAUGCAAACUAUGGCGGCAAGUAGGAGAGUCUUUCAGGCCCCCAAAGACAUGUACAACAGUGUCAUGGACUUUCCGAGGUUUCUACGAAAAGGCUCUUCUUGAAUAUGAGCGGCAAAAAGUCAUGGGGGGUGAACUUCGUAUACCCCUUGCUUCUGAACCAGAAGCAAUGAAUAUUGAUAAUCAGGCUUCUGGAUCAGGUAGAGCGAGGAGAGAUGCAGCAGCACGUGCUAUGCAAGGUUGGCAUUCACAGCGUCUUAAUGGUAACGGUGAAGUUAAUGACCCUGCAAUUAAGGAUAAGAAUAUAGUUCUUCAUCAAAAGCGCGAGAAACAGAUAGGAACCACCCCUGGUUUGCUCAAACGCAAGAGGCCAUCGUCUACUGAACAUGGUGCAAAACAUGCCAUUCAAGUGUCUAAACCAAUGUUGGAUGUGACAGUUGUUGAUGUUGGACCACCAGCUGACUGGGUGAAGAUUAACGUGCAGAGGACGCAAGAUUGCUUUGAGGUGUAUGCAUUAGUCCCAGGACUUGUCCGUGAAGAGGUCCGAGUCCAAUCAGAUCCGGCAGGAAGGUUGGUAAUAAGUGGCGAACCCGAGAACCCUAUGAACCCCUGGGGAGCUACUCCUUUCAAAAAGGUGGUAAGUUUGCCGACAAGAAUUGAUCCGCAUCAUACAUCGGCUGUGGUAACCCUAAACGGGCAGUUAUUCGUUCGUGUGCCACUCGAGCAAUCUGAUUAGAAAACAUUUUACAGUUUAACCAAAGCCUUGAAGAUCCGAGACAGAGAGAGAGAGAAGAAGAAGAAGAAGAAAUGUUAGAAGUAGUUGUUGAGAGUCUUUAUUGUAUAUUAUGAUUGAGAGCAGCAUAACACAACCUGUGAGAGAGCCACUUUAGGAUUUACUUUGAUUUAGGCCCAUCUAGUUUGUGUUCUCUCUUCUCUUUGAUUAGAUUCUUAAAGUCACUAUUGUUUUGUAUCACAAGAUCUUUAAACCUCUUUGCCAUUGAGAAACACCAAUCUACAAACCUUUUUAUUUAUUUAUUUAUU